AUGGCUGGUGGAGGAGGAAUGGCAGCAGCAUCAUCAGGGCCGGCAGCUGUCUACUCGUCCGAGAACGAACAAGUGCUUUAUGUUAGAGAUGUUAGAUCACCAAGUGCCUCCUCCAACUCGGGGAAUGGGAGCCGAGGAGGUGUGCCCGGUGCUCUUAUGAUAACCAUUACGAACAGUCGGGACCCGUUCUUCCUGUACACGCUGUCCCUUGCUGAGACCGACUACCACACUCUCAAGACGGAACAAAGGCUACUUGUCGACUUCCAAAACUUCCCUAAGAUGAUUACUGAACUCGUCGCUGAAUGCGCCCACAAUGGGAGCAGCCCUCCGACAGGAGGUCAAAACAUGUCCGUCUACUUAGCAGUGGGGGAAUCGACUGUUGAAUCAACGCUGAGCAUAAUAGAAGCUAAUCAGUUCAGAGAGAUCACCCACCUGUGCUUAAGAAUGCGGAAAGGCACAGAUGAAGUAUUAAAGCAUUAUCUAGCUUCUAAGCUGAGUCACUUCCAGCAGCUUGCUGAGAGACUCGAGGAGACAUUGUGCAACACAGAGAAGGAACUAAGGCGAGUGACGACAGAGCGACAGUCUCAAGCGGACGAGAUCAAUCUGAUGAAGGCGGAGCGGUGUCAGCUCGAACAGAGCCUCAAGGCUGUUCACGAGAGGGAGUUAGCCGAGAUUAGCGAACGGCAUGCUCGGGAGAUUCGAGACAAUCACCACACACUCACGGCGGAGCGGGACAAUGUAGUGAAGGAGUUGUCGACUCAGCUGGAGACCGCUCAGGCGGCAGCAGAAUCAUCAACGAAAGCAGCGACAGAGGCUAAUGAGAAGGUGGAUAGAAAUAUAGUAGUACUUGAGAACUCAUUAGCCAGCUUGACUCGGAAGCUUGAAGCUGCCUCGAAGGAGUUGGAAGAGGACAAGGAGCGGUAUGGAUCUACGAGUGCUGAGGUGAAAAGGCUCGAAAAAGAGAAUUACGCACUAGUAAAACGACUGUCUGAGGCGGAGGUGUCUCUGGCCCUCUCCAAAGAGCAGUUAGUAGCAAAGGAGGAGCUUGCUAAUAAGUCGAGAGAGCUGCUGGAGCAGGCUAACCAACAGAAGUCAUCGUUGGAAGAACAGAUACAAAUGUAUCGGAGUAGUCUCACUCAGCUAGAAGAGAAGCUGAGUGUUAGCUUCAAAGAGACCACAAAGGGCAAUGAAGUGAUCAAGAAGCUGCAGGAUCAGAUCAAAUCAUAUAAGUCUAGAGUGAAGGGUCUAAAACAGGCUAUGCAGGAUCACGAAGAGACGAUCCACGAGUUGGACCACCGUCUGUUGGAGGAGCAGAGGUCUCAUGACGACACCAAGCUGGAGCAUAAGCGUAUUGUAUAUUUUCGUCUGGGCAGAGCUCCUGAUGCGUUGGAUAGAGCUCAGGAGGAGUGUGACUCGACUAGGGCUAAACUGGCGGAGGCACACAAACUACUAGAGUCGAAUGAACAACUAGCCAACAAUUCUUCAUCCUCGCUGGUCGUUGGGCGUCAGCCGGCGCCGUACCAGAGUGGACAGAGACUUGCAUCGGGUUUCACAAUACCUGGAGGGCAAGGGGCCUCUAGUAAGAGACCCAACCUGGAGGACAUAUCAGCUAUUGGCUUUCCUAGGAUACCUCUAAAACUCACUUGGAAGGAAAAGCUAGCGAAGAUCUUGGGGGCGUUGGUCACCAGGCCGCUAGUUCAUCUGUUUAUGGUUGUCGGGCAAAUGCUGGCUUGUGCUCUGUCGGGUAUAUAUGCUGCCUCCCAGCUUGUUGCUGCUGGCAGUCCGAGAGUACCAUCAUACUUCCAACUCACAGAGGACGCUCUCAGCGAUGGCCUCGAGGGAUGUGUUGAAAUCACAUUUUCUGGUCUCAGUUACUGUGUGGUCUAUACUGUGCUCUGCAUUUGGGCGCUGACUCGAGUUUUUCAGCAAGUGUUCGUCCUACCGCUACAGCAAGGUCAGGUUUUCAUGGAUAUCGCAGUAUGGGGAGUUUAUAGAGCGUUGCAGUAA